UAAAGUGUGUUAGUUGUAUGAUGUUAAAUAUUUUGCAAAUGGCUUCCUCCUGGCAACAGCUGGCGUUAACUUGCCAAACAAUUAUUUAUGUGAACUCUAUAAAAACUCGCAUAAAUUACUAUAGCCAACAAUUAACACAUGUAAGUACAAAUUGCUGACCUUAAAUAAAUGACUGAAAACGUUUACCACCAUAUACAAUUGAAUUUUCAACCAUUUUCUUUAGCAGUUGCUAACAGGUGUUAGCCUAGCUAAUGUCAUCUGCUAAAAUGUAGUUAUUCAUUCGACAUGUAUAUUAAACCUCUAGAUUUAUAGGUUGUAUAAAAUUUUAACUUUUUUAUAAAUUAAUACAGAAAAUAUAUAACACUAUGAUAUUUUAAUAACACUAAAAUCAUUAUGUUAUGGAAAAAUGAUAAAACAAAAUCAGCUUCAACAACAGAACACACAGACCAGCAUAGUGAGUGUGGUGUACACCCAAUCUGAGAUCCUGCAGAAGGAGGUUUACUUGUUUGAACGGAUCGACUCUCAGAACAGAGACAGCAUGAAGCACUUAAAGGCUAUCUGCUUUCUUCGCCCAACUAAGGAGAAUGUGGAACACCUCAUCCAGGAGCUAAGGAGACCAAAAUACAGUGUCUACUUCAUCUAUUUCAGUAAUGUGAUCAGUAAGAGUGAGAUCAAAGCUCUGGCUGAAGCUGAUGAACAAGAAGUGGUGGCUGAAGUCCAGGAGUUUUAUGGAGACUUCAUUGCUGUUAAUCCUCACCUCUUCUCCCUCAACCUGCAGGGAGUUGCCAGGGGUCGGAGCUGGGAACCCUCCAUGUUGUCUCGCUGCACGCAGGGUUUGACCUCAGUCCUGCUUGCUCUGAAGAAAUGCCCGAUGAUCCGCUACCAGCUGUCCUCGGACAUGUCCAAACGCCUUGCAGAGAGCGUCAAGCAAAUCAUCACGAAGGAAUACGAGCUGUUCGACUUUAGAAAGACUGAAGUUCCUCCUCUGCUGCUGAUCCUUGACCGCAGUGAUGACGCCAUCACUCCGCUGCUCAACCAGUGGACGUACCAGGCGAUGGUUCACGAGCUGCUCGGUCUAAACAACAACAGAAUUGACCUGUCCAGAGUCCCGGGGAUCAGUAAAGACCUGAGAGAGGUGGUGCUGUCUGCAGAAAAUGACGAGUUUUAUGCUAAUAACCUGUACCUCAACUUCGGUGAGAUCGGCACCAAUAUAAAGAACUUGAUGGAGGAUUUCCAGAAGAAGAAGCCUAAAGGGCAGCAGAAGCUCGAGUCCAUCGCUGACAUGAAGGCUUUUGUAGAUAACUACCCUCAGUUUAAGAAGAUGUCAGGCACUGUAUCCAAACAUGUGACGGUGGUGGGGGAGCUGUCUCGGCUGGUGUCAGAACGGCAGCUGAUGGAGGUGUCUGAGGCAGAACAGGAGCUGGCCUGUCAGAAUGACCACUCCAAUGCUCAGCAGAGCGUUCGGCGCCUGCUGCAGAAUCCCCGUGUGGCGGAGCUGGAUGCCGUCCGUCUCGUCAUGCUCUACGCUUUGAGAUAUGAACGCCACAGUAGCAGCAUCCUCCCUUCUCUGAUGGAUGAGCUGAGCAGGAGGGGUGUUUCUGAGCGCCACCGCAGGAUGGUUCAGUCUGUGGUGGAAUAUGGUGGGAAGAGAAUCAGAGGAAGUGACCUCAUCACGCCGACAGAUGCCGUCGCUAUUACAAAACAGUUCUUCAAAGGUCUCAAGGGUGUUGAGAACGUCUACACUCAGCAUCAACCUCUGCUCCAUGACACUCUGGAUCAGUUGAUUAAAGGCCGACUCAAAGACAGUCAGUUCCCAUACCUGGGAGCCAGCAGCCUCAGAGACAGGCCUCAGGACAUUGUGGUGUUUGUGAUUGGUGGAGCCAUGUAUGAAGAAGCUCUGACUGUUUACAACCUGAACCGUAACACACCUGGAGUCCGGAUUGUCCUCGGAGGAAGCAGCAUCCACAACACUAAGAGUUUCCUGGAGGAAGUGAUGCUGGCGACAGGUCACAGCGGCAGCAGUGACAGAGCGCAGGGAAGCGGUCGGCAUAGCAGCAGGCGCUGAACAUUGAUGCUUGCUCUUCCUCUGCUUCUUCACUCCUCUUCGUAUAAACAGCAUCAUUCCUUCUGUCUAAGUCUGUGCAUUUGUGUGUUUGAAGGAACAGUCCAAUAUUUCUGUGAAUCCUCUGUGCCUCAUCCUCAGACACAGAAGCAAUUCUGUUUACAAACAAGAGGUGGACACAAUAUCAGAAACACUUAACUACCAUAAACAACAACACGUUGGCACAACAGUUUUAACUAAGUUUGGUUAUGUCUGAUAUGAAGCAGUAUUAUGACACAAUGUUGAUUUUUAUUAAGCAUAGUACACUAAAUUUGUGGUUCAGUGUGCGUAAGUCACCAUUAUUAAAAAAAAUAAAUAAAAAUUUUUUGAGCAUUCAAGUGUCUGAUUGAGCUCCUUAUAGGAGUUUGACAGUGUGAAAAAGAAACUAUUUCUUGCUGCAGAAAGUUAUUAAAACCUCUAAUACAAAUGAAUAUAUAGCAGUUAUAACAAAGACACAAUGUUUGCAGCUUCAAAGGUCAGCUUUGCUAGCAUCAUAAAUCUAAUAGAUAUAUUGUUUUGAGGAUGGACAGAAUGUCAGUGUUAAGAAAUGUCUGACAGAAUCCAUUGAGAACUGUUCUAGCCCAAGAAACCAAAACUAUCAAAUCAGGAUUGAGUCUGUUUCACUGUUUUCAUGAAGUUGCUCUCCAUGCAGUCCUUUUUUAACAUUUUGGCUCCAAGCUUCUCAAGAUUUUGGAGUCUAACUGUAUUUUUUGUUAUUUUCUGAUUCUUGUUUUUGUCUAGUUAAAUGAAACACAUUCAGUCUCUGUUGGAUUUGUGCAUUUUCUGAGUGGGAUUUCUCUUUAGGCUUUUGUGUGAUUGAAUGUGAUUAAUAAAAGGUUAAUAUUAAAAAAUACAAAUAAGUUAUAUAAAUGA